CAUAGCAACAACAACAACAACAGCAACAACAAAAGCAGUAGCAGCAACAACAACAACAACAACAACAGUAGUAGUAAAGAAACAACAAACAACAAACAACACAAUAAAAAUCACAGCAACCGAAGAAGCAACAACAGCAACGCAGUGAAAGUGAUAAAGCAACAACAACAACAACAACAACAAGAGAAACAGAAACAACAACAGCAACAACAACAACUGCCCAAAGCAACCAAAAACAACAAUAACAAUAACAACAACCAUAAUCUGCAAAUACUGCAAAAGGGUUGAAAUAUUUUCGAUUUUUUUUCAAUAAUUUCGAAUUAAUAGAUAUUAACAAAAAAUCAUAGAAAAAAAUCGCUUUAAAUAACAAUUAAAAUAAAAAAAACAGUUAAUUAACUAAACAAGUUUAAUACAUACGCGUAUGCGAACAAGUGUCUUAUUACAAACAUAGUUAUAAACAAAUUAAAAUAAUAAUUAAUUCAAUAAAUAUUAAAGCAGCAACAAUAUAAGCAUCAGAAUCCAAACAAAAACAUCAACAAUUUAGUACCUACAGGCCUGACAACGUUAGAUCAUUAUAUACAUACAUAUAUAUAUAGCAAUAUACAAAAUAUAUAUAUAUAUAUACAUACAUAUAUCGAUUGGCAAGCCCCUCUCUUACACACAGCCCCCCCUGUCUCACAAAAACCCAAAAAAAAAACACCCAUAUUACACACUGUGAUAGUUCUUGAUUCACACUGAAUGCGAUAAAAAGCGCAGAGAUCCAUUCAUAAAAAGCAUAAAAAAGCAAAAAAAAAGCCUAAAAAACAUAAGCGGACAAGCUGAAGAAAGCUAUAUUUGAUUAAAAGACCAAGUGCAAUAAGAUUGGCCAACAAAUUAAUAAAUUUGGAACCGAAAGGGCAGCUAUAUAAAGUAUAUACCUAUAUAUAUAUAUUCAAAUACUGUAUACAACGUUUUACAUAUUUACAACAAAAUAAUAAAUAUAAUAAAAGUUAAAAAGACUCAAAUUUCGAAUUCAUUCAACUGAAAAAAAAAAAAUAAGAAAAAAAGAUCUACCGGAUUACGCAUACGCCCCGUAUGGCCCGCGGCCUAUGCGACAGUGUGUGGGCUGGUUGUUGCCACAACUGAUACUAUAUAGUGUGUAUAUAACUAUUUUGCCGAUCAACUGCAACAGCAACAGCGAGAAACAAGAAAACGUUAAAAACGUCACCAAAGCUUCGCAUUUCCAUUAAAUAAUUAUGUAUACGCAACGUAUGUUUGACAUGUGGAGCAGUGUCACUUCGAAACUGGAAGCACACGCAAACAAUCUCGGUCAAAGCAACGUCCAAUCGCCGGCGGGACAAAACAACUCCAGCGGUUCCAUCAAAGCUCAAAUCGAGAUAAUUCCAUGCAAAGUCUGCGGCGACAAGUCAUCGGGCGUGCACUACGGCGUAAUCACCUGCGAGGGCUGUAAGGGAUUUUUUCGACGAUCGCAGAGCUCCGUGGUGAACUAUCAGUGUCCGCGCAACAAGCAAUGUGUGGUGGAUCGCGUUAACCGGAACCGCUGUCAAUACUGUAGACUGCAAAAGUGCCUAAAACUGGGAAUGAGUCGUGAUGCUGUAAAGUUCGGAAGGAUGUCGAAGAAACAGCGCGAGAAGGUCGAGGACGAGGUCCGCUUCCACCGGGCCCAGAUGAGGGCCCAGAGCGAUGCGGCGCCUGACAGCUCCGUGUACGACACGCAGACCCCCUCUAGCAGCGAUCAGCUGCAUCACAACAACUACAAUAGCUACAGCGGCGGAUAUUCCAACAACGAGGUGGGCUACGGCAGUCCCUACGGCUACUCGGCCUCCGUGACGCCCCAGCAGACCAUGCAGUACGAUAUAUCGGCGGACUACGUGGACAGCACCACCUACGAGCCGCGCAGUACAAUAAUCGAUCCCGAAUUUAUUAGUCAUGCAGAUGGCGAUAUCAACGAUGUGCUGAUCAAAACCCUGGCGGAGGCGCAUAACAACACAAAUACCAAACUGGAAGCUGUGCACGACAUGUUCCGAAAGCAACCGGAUGUAUCGCGCAUUCUCUACUACAAGAAUCUGGGCCCUGAGGAGCUCUGGCUGGACUGCGCCGAGAAGCUUACACAAAUGAUACAGAACAUAAUCGAAUUUGCAAAGCUAAUACCAGGAUUCAUGCGCCUGAGUCAGGACGAUCAGAUAUUAUUGCUGAAGACGGGCUCCUUUGAGCUGGCGAUUGUUCGCAUGUCCAGACUGCUAGAUCUCUCCCAGAACGCGGUACUCUACGGCGAUGUGAUGCUGCCCCAGGAGGCGUUCUACACAUCCGACUCGGAGGAGAUGCGCCUGGUGUCGCGCAUCUUCCAAACGGCCAAGUCGAUAGCCGAACUUAAACUGACUGAAACCGAACUGGCGCUGUACCAGAGUUUAGUAUUGCUCUGGCCAGAACGCAAUGGAGUCCGUGGUAAUACGGAAAUUCAGAGGCUUUUCAAUCUGAGCAUGAAUGCGAUUCGGCAGGAGCUGGAAACGAAUCAUGCGCCGCUCAAGGGCGAUGUCACUGUGCUGGACACACUGCUGAACAAUAUACCCAAUUUCCGCGACAUUUCCAUUUUGCAUAUGGAGGCGUUGAGCAAGUUCAAGCAACAGCAUCCGAAUGUUGUGUUCCCGGCGCUGUACAAGGAGCUCUUCUCCAUAGAUUCGCAGCAGGAUCUGACAUAACAAGAGCAGCAACUGUUCAUGGAGAGCCCGAGUGGGGAUGAUGUUGCGGACGAGGCCGGUACGGCGGCUGCAGAUGCCGCUGGCUUAGUCCUGCCGCUGGUGGCGCCACCUGCCGGACAGCAGCUGCUCGAGGACUGAGGACCUCCGACCAGCAAGGAAACAAAUUAAACAAAAAAAAAGGAAAAAAAUAAAAAAGAAAUGCGUUAUACAGCCUCUGCGACUUCUGCAGAUAGAAGAACUUUAUCAUGAUUUAAGCUAGCAUACAACCAAGGA